AUGCGGGACCCGACGGAGGAGAUCGCGGAGCUCGAGCGGCGCAUCGCCGAGGAGUCGCCGCGGCGCGGCUGGUGCCCGGGCGCCGACGAGAGCGCCGCGCGCUUCGACGCCCUGCCGCUGAGCUCGCGGACGCUCCAGGGCUUAACGAGCGGCGGCUUCGAGACCAUGAAGCCCAUCCAGCGCUGCGCGAUCCCCCACGCGCUCGCCGGCCGCGACGUCCUCGGCGCCGCGCGGACCGGCUCCGGCAAGACGUUGGCGUUCCUCGUGCCCGCGCUCGAGGCGCUCUACCGGCACCGCUGGUCCGCGGGCGACGGUUUAGGCGCCCUGAUCAUCUCGCCGACGCGGGAGCUCGCGGCGCAGAUCUUCGACGUGCUCCGGAAGGCGGGGUCGUGCCACGACGUGUCCGCGGGUCUGAUCACCGGCGGCGGCCGCGACUUCGACGCGGAGCGCGACCGCGUGGGCCGCAUGUGCCUGCUCGUGGCGACGCCGGGCCGCGUGCUGCAGCACGCCGAGGAGUCGCCGGCCUUCGACGCGACGGGGCUGCUCGCGCUCGUCGUCGACGAGGCGGAUCGCGUCGUCGACAUGGGCUUCGCGGCCCAGGUCGACAGUUUGGUCGCCUACCUGCCGCAGCAGCGCCAGACCAUGCUGUUUUCGGCCACUUUAGCGGGCUUCGCCGGCGCGCCCGAGGCCGCGCUGUCGUCGCGGCUCGGGCGGCUCCGGGGCCUCGCGUCGCAACCGACGGGCGCGCCGACGCCCAAGGCCCUGGACCAGUGCCGCGUGACCUGCGGUCUCGAGGAAAAGAUGGACGCGUUGUACGCGUUCGUGAAGGCGCACCUCAAGUGCAAGACGAUCGUCUUCGUGAGCUCGUGCGCGCAGGCGCGCUUCCUCCUCGAGGCGCUGCGCGGCACGCAGCCCGGCGUGCCGCUCCUGGCCCUCCACGGCAAGCAGUCCCAGGGGAAGCGCACGGCGACCUUCGAGGACUACAAGCGGAAAACCGCGGCGGUGCUGUUCGCGACGGACGUCGCCGCGCGGGGCCUCGACGUGCCCGACGUCGACUGGGUCGUCCAGCUCGACGCGCCCGAGGACGCCGAGGCCUACGUCCACCGCGCGGGCCGCGCGGCGCGCAACGGCCGCCCGGGCAAGGCCAUGCUCGUGCUCCUGCCGAGCGAGGAGCCGCGCAUGGCGGAACUGCUCGCCGCGGCGAAGAUCCCCGUCAAGAAGGUCGCGAUCAACGGCAAGCGCACCUUCUCCGCCGCGAAGCACGUCGAGGCCCUCGUCGCGGCGCGGCCCGAGGUCAAGGCUUUAGCGCAGAAGUGCUUCUCCGCGUACGUCCGUUCCGUCGUCCUCGCGGCGGACAAGGCGCUCUUCGACGCGUCGAAGCUGCCGCUCAAGGCCUUCGCCACGAGCCUGGGCCUCGCGAACGCGCCGCGCGUCAAGCUC